AUAGUGGAAGGAGGUUUAGUUUUUGAACCUGGAUUUUCCGCCUCUGCUUUUAGUAGCCUAAUUUACAACAGAUUUAUUCAGUUUAUACAUAGGUGAAUUGUAAAAUGAAAGGAAUGCAUGUCUUAUGCUUGCAGAGUUGGUGCUGGGGGCACAUUUCAGUGAUACACAUUUCCUGUUUCCUAGCAACAACAGCAGGAAGUAUGUGGUAUUGAAAAGAGAGAGCCGGAGAGAAAGACAACCAGACACUUAAGUCGGUUCGCUUUCUCGAAAGAGUAAAAUGACUUUAUGAAUAAGUCAGUAAAAAAUAAUUAAAUCACAACCCUGGAUCAGACACACACCGAAGAACAUAGUCGCACGUGAACUAUGUAUAUGGACCAGCUGCACUCAAAAAGUUGACUUGGAACAAGCAAGGACCAGAGGAAUUAACAGGGAUCAGCACAAGAUUGAAAUGUGGUUUAGGGACAAAGUUAUUGUGUGGCACAUUCAGCAGAUGUUCAUCAGGUCACGUGCUUCCAGCCUCAGUGUGCAGGUCCUCCUGGUGGAGGUUGCCCAGUGUGCUGCAGCCAGACCCCUCUCCCUGGAAGGCGGAGUUUUCAACCAGUAAUUUCCACGUCUCCAGUCCCCUAUGUUAUAUCCCAAGGAAAGUCAGUGGCCAAAAUUUAUGUUAAUUCUUGCACACUUCUGCAUUUAUUCACAUUUAAAUGAAGAUAAUUCAAUGACAUUUGAAGGCUGAGAUGUGAACUCAUUUCAUAUUUAUUUUUGUUUGGAAAGGUGUUUCUUCCACCCUUUUUGGUUGAAAUUACUGCAGGAAAGUUGUCGCCCCCGCCCUGCCCACAAUCCGUACCUUCUCAUGGCCUCUCAGGAUCUAGGUCGGACCAAAGGCUUUCCCUGUAAGCAGUGUGACACAGUGUUGCCCAGUAUGCCCAGUCUUCUAGAGCAUAUGGAGACUCAUUACCGGAAAGAAGAAGAGCGAAAGUUCAGGUGUGACCGAUGUGGCCGUUGCUACAGGCACCCUGGCAGCCUGGCAAACCACAAGAAGACUCACAAAGUGGGCUCUUUCCAGUGCCACAUAUGUGCCAGGAACCUCUCAAAUCUCCUGGCAUUGAAAAACCAUCUACGCAUUCAUACAUCUGGCAAAAAGUUCCCCUGCUUGCAGUGUGGGGAGACUUUUAGGCUGGCUGCUCAGCUUGCCAUACACUUGAAGGUUCAUCAUGCUGGGGGAUCCCAAGGAACAUCUGAGAAGAAUGAGAUUCUACAGGAGACUACAGAGUAUCCACAGAACAGAGAAAAUGCUGAUGAACAUGAGACUGCAUUCAAUGAACAGGAUAUCAGUUUACUAUCAGGUCUUUCAGAAUCAGUGAUUGAAACUGUUCCCUCGAGUAGCCUGAAUGACAGACUGACGCCAGACUUCAGUCGUGAUUCGAGCAUUGAGAAAGAAACGCUGGUCUCAAAUGACACCAUGAAUCGUCCUUUCAAGUGCGACCAGUGCAAGAGGACAUACCGACACCAUGGCAGUCUGAUCAAUCACAAAAAAUCUCACCAAGUUGGGGUAUUUGACUGUCCUGUGUGCUACAAACAAUUCAGCAACUUGGCUGCCCUCAAGAGCCAUCAACGUAUUCACACAAAGUCCAAGUCCAAGUCUGGAGCGCUUCACGUUGGGUUACCUCACCCAAGCAAAUCACCAGAUCUGUCCCAGCCUGUGCCAAAAAAUGGGGAUGUAGCUGUGCACUUCUGUCACUUGUGUGAAGUAUCUUUCCCCAAUGAUGAUGAUUUCCAGGAUCACAUCCUGUUACAUAACACGUCCUCUCUUAGUCUUGGGCUCUCAGCUGGUUUAACAGAUGGUUUGUCCUGUGACUUUAACAUUAACCAGUCAGACAAUGCCAACUGUUGUCAACCUUCCCUUAGUGACACUCCACCUCUGUCAUCACUGCUGGACAAACAAGAGUCAUUUGACCAGAUGCUGGAGCCCAUCAAAAGUGGUCAGAUGUACACUUGUGCCUAUUGUGGACAAGGAUACAGUGACUUGGACAGCCUCAAAGCUCAUUCUGCCACUCAUCAGUCUCCAUCUCCCUCAAACAUUCAGGGAAAGUCUACAGAGUUCCAGAAGCAUGACAAUGAUUUACGCAUGUUAGAGUCAGCAUUGGCUAAUGAAAUUAAAGAUCACGAAUCCUCAGCUGCAGAUACUGGUGAGCGCCGGUUCAAGUGUCAGGUCUGUAACAAGAGUUACCGGCAUGCUGGGAGCCUUAUCAACCACAAGAAUUCUCAUCAGACUGGCGUUUACCAGUGCUCCAUCUGCCGUAAACAUUACCCGCACCUGGCAGCCCUGCGUAGCCAUCUGCGUAUCCACAAGGCCCGGCCUCAUACAAUGCCCCUCAGUUCAGAGGGUGACUGGCUCUCUCCUGAACCCCUCACUCUUGAAGGCCAUCUGGGAGACUUGCAGACUCAGGACUUUGAGGAUGAGGAAACCGGUAUGCUCCACCUUAGUCAAAAUUUGGGAGAGCCUGCACAUAUUAAUCUUGAAAGCAGCCAUAGCAAUGGGCUGGAUGAAUUUGAGAUCCAUGAGACAUUUGACACUGCUUUCCCUCCGCACAGGCUUAAGCAGUUACCUCUACCUCAAGGUGAACCCCAUGCUGAGAGGCACAUGUGUGCAGACUGUGGGGAGACAUAUGCAGAUAUUGCAGGGAUCAAGUCACAUACGUGCCCACAUCGACACCAGCAGCAGGAGGCUUUGAACAAUGGUUUCGUAGGUGAUGUUGAUAUCCAAGAUCCAGGGACAAAGGCUCUGCUUGAACAUGGGGGAAUUGAAAUAGGGUCCAGGGCACACAUGUAUGACCCAAACCAGAGACACUGUAGAGGCCCUGACUUCCAUGAAAAUACUUUUAUGAACAGUGGUGAUGAGGCAGACAAAAAUGAAGAUGAUGACGGAGAGGUGUAUCAGUGCUCAGUGUGCGGGACCCAUUACACUAAUAUGCAGACAUUAAGGAACCAUCUUCAUAGCCAUACCCAAUCCCAGAGUAUAGCCACCAGUACUGGUCCUUCUUCUCUGUCCUCCCUUGAGGAGGAUGAGGAGGAGGACUUAAGUGAGGGUCAGAAAAAAAAUGUUAGUCUGAUAAUCUGCAGUACCUGUGGAGAGAGCUUCUCUGCGGAGCAGGAGCUGCAGGAGCACCAACAUAUGCACAGUCAGACCAUUGAAGAUGAAACUGUACUGAACGAGGGAGCUAGCAGUCACUAUGCUAAUGGACAGAGGGAUGAGGGCAUGAUUUGUGGUAUGUGUGGUGUAGCAUGCAAAGAUUAUCUCCAACUAGAGACCCACUUGUGUUCAGAUCAAGGAAGAAUGGAAGGGGAAAAGAAUGAAGAAAACAUUGCUGCUGGGAAAAUUGAAGGCAUACAUUCGGGGGACCACGAGGAGAGCCCAGAUUUGGAAAAUCGGCCACAUAAAUGUGAACAGUGUGGCCGUGCCUACAGACAUGCUGGUUCCUUACUCAACCACAAGAAAUCACACAAAACUGGGGUCUUCCGUUGUUUUGUCUGCCAGAAGCGCUUCUACAACCUUUUAGCCCUCAAAAAUCACCAAAGGACACACUUUGAUGUUAAGAGGCACAAGUGUGAAGAGUGUGGUAAAGCCUUCAAAAUCCAGAAGCAACUCCUGAAUCACAUGAGAAUUCAUAAAGAAAACCGAGCUAGAGUCAAGGAGCUCAAUCAGCAACUGCAGACCCUCAUUCAGGCGAAUAGGACUGAAUCAAAUGGAGGACCUGACAUCCACAAUGUAAAUGCCAAGAUGGAUGACAAGUCAAGCUCUUGGCGCAGAAACUCCAGGCCCAGAGGCCGAGGAACCACUGUCCAUUGUAAUAGGUGUGGGGGAAACCACAGCUGCAAAGUCUGCCCUGCAGUGGGUGCUUUGGUGGAGCCACAGGUUGAGGUCAAGUCAGAGGAGGGAGGGAAUGACCAUCGCCCCUAUGCCUGUGACCAGUGUGGACGAACCUAUAGGCAUGCAGGGAGCCUUGUCAACCACAAAAACUCCCACAAGACAGGCGAGUACUAUUGUUCUGUUUGCAACAACACAUAUUCCAACCAGCUUGCUAUGAAGAACCACCUACGUAUCCACUUUGCUGUGAAGAAACACACUUGCCAGGACUGUGGGAAGGCCUUCCGGGGACAGAAGCAGUUGUCUACUCAUGCACGCUCACACCGCAGGAAGAAAGCACGCACAACUGGGGGUAGGGGAGGUGGUAAUAGACGAGCGAAUGAGGGCAAGGUUACAAAAUGUAAGGAAUCCAGUCAGGCUUUUACCUCAGCUGCUGAACUUUUAUCCCAUACCAGUGAACUACAGCUACCAUCAGCUUCUACAGAGGGUCACCUGAAUGGUGUGAAAAAUGAACCUUGUGGCAGUGCACAAGCAGGCGAAAAGGAGGAGCGUCCCUUUGGCUGCAGUAUCUGUGGCCGUACCUAUCGUCAUGCUGGUAGCCUUCUAAAUCAUAAGAACACUCAUAAGACAGGCCACUUCAACUGUUCCUUCUGUGCCAAGCCCUUCUCAAAUCCCAUGGCGCUGCGAAACCAUACACGCAUUCAUACACAGAAGAAGAAGCAUGUCUGCACCACGUGUGGCAAGGCGUUUCGCCUUGCCAGUAUCCUUCACAACCAUCAAAACAUCCAUAUUCGGGGGGACAUACACUUCAACUGCCCUGUUUGUGGCAAAAGUUUCCAGGGUAGGUCUGGGUUGAAGAGACAUCGCUGCCAGAAGAACCAGGAAGGUCGGAAAAAAGCCACUGAAAGUAGGGCAGAAGGAAGAGAGAGGUGCUUCACGUGUGAAGAAUGUGGUCGUUCAUACCGCCAUGCUGGCUCUUUGCUUAAUCACAAAAAGACACACACUACUGGCAUCUACCAUUGUAACAUUUGCUUAAAGACCUUCUCCAACCUGUUAGCACUCAAGAACCACCGCCGCAUUCACUCAGAGGUGCGACGUCACUGUUGCCCUGACUGUGGCAAGACAUUCCGUGUGUCUUCACACCUACACAGCCACCGUCGAGUGCACAGCAAAGAGCAGUCUGUCUCAUGCACACCCUGUCAGCGAACCUUCCCCAGUUUGACCAGUUUGCAGCAGCAUCAGGAACUGCAUAGCCAGAUGCAGCAACAUACAAUGCAGCAGAGUGACCUUGGGGGAGAGGAGAUUGGGGCUGACUUUAACUGGGGCUCAGGACUAGACCUUUCCCUAAUGCAGGCUCAAGGACUGGAUCCAAAUGGGCUUCCACGGCUGGCAUCAUCUUUCUCCUGUCUGGACAACAGCCAUCCAUCCGAGUUGCAGAAGCAGCAGGACAGCCAUGGAGCCGAAGCAAAGGGAGCGAAGGUCCACGUCUGUGAACACUGUGGUCGCACCUACCGACAUGCCGGCUCCCUACUUAAUCACAAGAACAGCCACAAGAUAGGAUGCUUCUUUUGCUCUGCAUGCCAGAAGGAGUUCUCCAACCUAAUGGCCCUGAAGAACCACAGGCGUAUCCACACGGAGCCCAAGCGUUUUCAGUGCCCAGAAUGUGGCAAGGCCUUCCGGGUUUCCACUCAACUCAUAUGUCAUCGUCGUAUCCAUACUAAAGAGAAGCCCUUUUCUUGUUCACAGUGUGACAAGCACUUCUCUAGCAAGUCCAAUUUGCGCCACCAUCAGAAAGUCCAUCAGAGCCAGCAGAAUUUUGAGGCCACCCUGGACACGAGUGCAAAUUCCUUUAUGGGCCUUAGUAUGAGUCCUUUCCUGUGAAGCGGGGCUUUUUUUAAGGUGAGCUGGUGUCAUCUGCUGCCAUCUAAACAGAGAAGGGAUUACAGUUCCCAGUGUUAUUUGGACAAAUACGGCCAAAUGAUUAAUGUCAGCAUCUAGCAUUUCCAUUGCAUCAGCUUUUCUCUAAGAGAGCUGUGUUUGGAGAGGGCUAUGCAGUGCAUAGAGUCUUCAAACUCGGAAGCCUGACUGGCAAGACUGCACUCUGCCUUUUAAUGAUCAUGACACUAUUAAGGCUUGUGGUGAAGCUGAUAUCUCAGGAUGGAUUUCCAAUGACAUUCCCCACAUCCCAAGUGACCAAACUAUGGCCUAUAGAAAACCAGAAACCUACACAGUUGUGUGGUCAUCUAAGGGUUGUCUGAAAUUAUCCAAGCUUCUUAAGAGCAACAGUAGUUUAGUUGCUUGGAUCAUAUUCUUAGGUCCUGUGGACAGGAGUGACAUGGCAGAAUCGUUAUAAGACCAGUUUAAAGUGUAGAGGUAGUCAAAAGACACAACAUUUGUAAGAUCAGUAAAAGUCCACUCCUUGAGCACACAGACUUCCAAUUGAUUGAUGGCUGACCUCAUACCCCUUCACAUCAUUUUGCUGCUUAACAUAAUUUCUGCUUCUUUUUCCUCCUCAAAACACUUCAUACUUUGCCUCCUCACAACACAUCAUUUGAAAUAUGUACCUUUGGAAAAUGACAUUUGGGCCAUCAUAGCUGGCUUCAGACUCUUGAACCAGGUGGUUUUUCUUGCCAGUCAAAUCUUGCAGUGAUGUAAGAAUAUUAAAAACAUAUAUUUAUACUUUAUUUUUAAGAGGAAGUACAGUGAAAUGGGAUCUUUAUGCCUGGAGUAAUUUUACUGGCAGUGCAGUAUUUUAAUCCAUCCCUGAGUGUACAACUUAUAUAGCAGAUAUUUAAUAAGUAAUAUGAUUUAACUUAAAUGUCUGAGCAAACAAUAUCUGCUGCAGAAGAGUUUUCUUGCAUGGAAUGACAUACCCAUUGUUAAAGUGGUAUCAAACCCACCCACAUGUUGCAUUGUCCCCUGGUUACAACACUCGUAUUUGAAAUGAAUAAUAUGGAAACAAUGGGCCUCAUUUAUCAAUCGUGAGCCAAACAAAUUUGAUUGUAAAUUGUUCGUAAAUGUAUUUAUGCGAACAAUACAGGAUUUAUAAAUGUUUUUGUAUGUGUUUAUUCAUAGGAUCCAAACAAAUUUCACUAGUGCUCUAAACUGUUAAUAUUGUGUGUGUAAAUCUGUGGAAAAAACGAUUUCAAAGCUUUUUUUGCAUAUUUUGCUUUUAUUUUUCCCAUUCAUUUGUGUUUUAUUUUGAUUAAAAAACAAUAGCAAGAUUAA